CAUUAACACUGAAUCAAUGCUUAAAUACAAGAGUACACAUUCAGACACAGACAUUCAAAGGACUAUCCGACCCUUCACCAUGAAGGCUUUAGCUGUUCUGUGUGUAAUGCUAUGCAUUCUUUAUCAAACUAAUGGAAUAAGCAUAAAGGACCACAUGAAAGGGUCCUCACGGAAGGAACGGGACGUUAAUGCCCCAGCACCAAUCAACUGCAAAAUGAGCGCUUGGUCCGAAUGGACUCCCUGUGACCCAUGCACUAAUACCACGUAUCGCUCUAGGGGUGUUGAGACAUUUGGGCAGUUUAAAGGAUUAAGGUGCAUAGAACCCAUUGGAGAUCGCAGACCCUGUAAAUCUUCUGCUGUGUGUCGUAUGGACCCUCCACCUGUCUGCAAAAGUUCUCAAUGGCAGUGUGAAUCAGGGGUGUGUAUAAACAAAAAUCUGAAGUGUAAUGGAGAUUACGACUGCGGCGAGUCUGAUACGUCCGAUGAGGAUGACUGUGAGGUCACCAGGCCACCUUGUGGCAAGUCACUUGUAGUUGAGUCCUACAUAGCCAUGCAGGCUGGAUAUGGAAUAAAUAUUCUGGGAUCUGGACCUCGAAUGAAUCCCUUCAAUAACAAAGUCUACAAUGGCCAAUGUAAUCGCGUCAGGGAGCCAUCUACAUUGGAAUAUAACAGAAUACCCUGGAACAUUGGGGUUCUCAACUAUGAGACAAAAGUGGAAGAGACCAUUUCUAGGGAAAUGUAUGAAGACAUUCAUUCUUUAAUAAAAGAGAUAACUUCUGACUCUACAACAACUUUUGACGUGGGCCUAAACUUCAAAUUUACACCCACUGAGCCCUCCAGUCAGCCUGCCGGUUCUGGUGAUGCCGCUAACGGUGGUGCUGAUGCUGCCGCUGCCAGCCCUGACGUUGGUGCUGAUGCUGCCGGCGCUAACGGUGGUGGUGGUGCUGAUGAUGCUGCCAGUCCUGACGGUGGUGCUGAUGCUGUGGGAUCAAAUGGGGGUGCUAAUGCUCCCAGCACUAGCCUAACUGAACUCUCAGGAGGGAUUAAUUAUAACAAUGAAAGAAGAAAUAUGAUCAAACAGAUCUCAGAAAUCACAGAGACGAAGAAAAAGAUCUUCAUGAGAGUGAAGGGCAAAGUGCAACUGGCCACCUACAGGAUGAGGCAGCGAGGAUUGGAGGUUUCUUCAUUGUUCCUUGAUGACGUGGAUGCACUGCCCCACAAAUAUGAGAAGGGACAGUAUUUUGCCUUUAUGGAGGAUUAUGGAACACACUUCACGAAGAAUGGAAGGUCUGGUGGAGAAUAUGAACUUGUUUACGUAAUGAAUCACGAUGCGUUGAAAAAAAAAGAGAGUAUCGAAACCCUGGUGAAGAAAUGUGUUGAGGUUGAUAUAAAAGGCAACUUUCAGCUGGGCGAUCCCAACUUAGGAGGAGGAGGAAAAUAUAAACCAAAAGACUGUGAUGAACUAAUAAACAAGCCCACAGAUGACGGGACCAAAACGGGGGUCGUUGAAAAAGUGCUAAUCUCAGUGAAAGGAGGCAGUACGGGCUCAGCGGCAGCCAUGAGGUCUCAUCUUACUCAAGAGGGACGGCUAGACUAUACUCACUAUAUACAAUGGGCAAAGACCAUCUCUGAUCUUCCUGCUCUCGUUUAUAGUGAUCCUGAACCGAUCUACAACGCAAUCCCUUUGGACUUUCCCGAUGCUCAGCCGAGGCGGGACAAUCUCCGAAGGGCCCUUGAUGAAUACGUAGCUGAGUACAGUGUAUGUAAAUGUCAGCCGUGCCAAAACGGCGGCACUGUUAUCCAGAUCGAUGGAGAAUGUAAAUGCUUGUGCGCAGUAGGGACUGAGGGGGUCGCUUGUCAGACGAUUGAUGGAGAACUAGGAAGAGGUAAGACAUUUGAACAGCUGGGGAACUGGGGCUGCUGGUCUGCCUGGUCUGGAUGCUCUGGAGGACGUCGCACACGCAGGCGUACCUGUAAUACACAGGGUGUCCCAAAUUCAAAUUGCAAAGGGGAUACAAAUAGUGAAGACUACUGCUAAGAAUAUGUCUUUUUGUGCAAAUUAAAUAAAUCCUUGUUAAAAGAAUGCAUUAAACGCUUAUUUUAAACAAUA